UCGUAGUUGCAUUGCAGCAGGUUGCAGUGCAGAGCGAGAUAUGUAUAGGUAACUUGGCCUGGGCUUAGCGAAGGGAUGGUGUAAAUUACGACCAAUUUAAAUGAAAAAUAACAAUCAUGGCCCUGUUUUGGAGGUCUGGGCGUAGUGAAUCUCUGCAUCAUAAACAUAAGAAUACAGUGCCAGUGGUGGAAAACAACCAGCAGUUAAAUCCAUUCACCGAAAUUAAUGUCUUCACAGACCACACAGAUAUAGUGCGACACUUAUUACAAGUUGAUGCUACAAGAACCACAGACUUAACGGCUGGUAAAAUAACUGAUUGUUUAGUCAGUAUUCCAUCAAGUAAUUUGUUUUGUUCAGCAUGUGAACAGCUAUGUUUAUGGAACUCUGAUUGGGAAAUUGAACAUAGGAUUAAACCAAACGAAGAUGUACAAAUCAACCAUGUGUUACAGCUGUCAGACAACAGGCUUGUUGUGUCUGUUGCUAGUGAACUAAUGGUGUAUAAAGUGGUGUCAAGUGUGGGACAAGAUACCGGUUUCCAGUUACAAUUGCUUAAGAACUGCUUGCCACCGCACCGUGAGAACAUAAGAUGUCUUGUAAAUAUUUCGGAUAGUUGCUUUGGCAGUGCUUCUCUUGAUGGUGCUAUACGUGUAUGGGCCACACGUGCCUUAAAUUACACACAAGAAUUUAACCAGGUUGAAGACUACAAAGUUCACUGCAACUAUCCACACAGCGUGCAGUAUCUUCUACCAAUGCAGGAGCGUUACCUUUUCGCUGCAAUAGCCAGUGGAUUUUCUCUGUAUGAUGUCUUCACAGGAAAUUGCUUGGUGCAUAUGCUGAACGCACACUACUCAUCCGUCACGUCUCUAUCAAUGGUAUAUGGAGGUGAAUUCUUAGCAACUUCCUCAGAAGAUGGAACAAUAAGGCUUUGGAGCUCAUAUGAGAAGAGCAUUCCAGCAAGUGACUUAAGUGUAAGCUCAGACCCUGUGUUCCAGAGGGAAAUAAGCAGCUUUUUUCAGACAACUAGGCCAUCAGCUAAGCAUGGAAGGCAGACGUAUCAGCCAAGUUUGCUAGGGGAAUGUGUUGCGCACUCAGGGGGGAUCAACACGUUUCUGGACUACGGUCAGGAAGGACUUGUUUCCUGUGGUGCUGACUCCCUGCUCAUUUUGUGGAAGGAUGGUGUAAGACAGUCCUGUAAAAGAAAUAAACUCAUAAGAGAAAAUUUGUUCUUGAAUGGAUUUAAAGAUGAUUGCUACAGAACACUAAAUACAGGGCUGGAAAAAGUGCAUGACCAGGCGACCGACAGUCAUAGGCAGCAUGAGUCUCCCGGAGGCAUUUGGGGGGUGGGGGGAAUUUAAAGAAAUAAGCUAUUGGGCUACAGAUAACAUUUGGGACUGGAGGAAUUUUAUCACAACUUUCAUGGGUGGAGACACAAAAAAUUAUUUACCAGGCCUAAAUAAAUAUAUUGGAAAUAAGAACUACAGUACAUCGGAGAGCACAGUCCUAUUCGAAAAUAUGUCACACCCCUAGUUUUGACAUGGAAGGUGCAGACGUUGUCAAGGAAUUGUGCCUGCUGUACUCUGGUCUAGUGAAAGUCCAGUGCUCUCUGCAAUGUUAAACUUAAGAAGAAAAUGUGGCUGCUGCAAUUUGUAAUGGCUGCAUACAGGCUGGGUAUUCAUUUCCACUUUAUUUCAUAGAAAUACUUACUAUUUAUGUGUAUAAUACACAUGUAUUUUAUGUCAAGCACUGACAAAGACCACAGGAGCCCAAAUAUUCAUUUCAAUAAAUGUUAGUGUAUCUAAUGUCAACAUUUUACGUCUCUGACUUUGUGUCACCGUUACGCAGUACUAUAAACGUAUAUAUGUAUAUAAUCUCCAGCGCUUCUAUUACCCUUCGGACAUUCAAAUUGAUAUUAGGGUGCAAGAUCUCCCAAGAAUUGGGAGAUAGUAUAGGUCUUUUGUUGGCUGUUGCUUUGUAACAUACGAUGUUAGUCCACUGAUGAAGCCCUAACCGGCGAAACAUUUGGAAAAAACCUGAAGUUUACAACAUAUUAUGCCUUUGAAGUCUUCUUUGUUCAUAUUCAACCAAGGCAUGGGAUCAAUAUUGUAUUCAUCAUAUAUAUAUAUAUAUAUUUAUUAAUAUAAUAAGUCUUUUAAUGUAUUGUAUUUUUUUUUAAAUUUGUACAUUAUAUUGAUUGUGAAAUACAGUAUUGAUGAUGAUGAUGACAAUCAAAAGUCUUGCUACUUUUAACUACUUCCAAUAGUAGUGCAAUCAUUGCUAAUCUGCAAGUUAUAGUUAUGGUAAUGGUGUUGCUGAAUAGGAAGCAAUUUGAUUUGAUUUGUAUUAGCAACGAUGAAGAUGACAUGGUGGUGAUGAUGAUAAAAAUUAUGAAUAAGCACGUUAUUUUUGCAGAAUAGUAUUAUGAAAGUGUAUUCAAUUUAUAAGGAAUUAUUCAUGAAAAUGAAAAAUAACAAAUACUUUAUUUAAUUUAAGAUGUUUAAUGUUGUAUAAUUUUAAAUAAUGUAUUGUUUAAUAGCUAAUAUUUAUAUUGUGAUAGAGUUUUAUCAAAUUUUUAUUCAAGUGUUUUAACUUAAUUAUAUAUAUUUUUUAAUUGAUAUUAGGCUUAAUCAGAUGUGCCAUCACUUUCGUUUAAUAUUGAAUAUACAGUAUCAUCACCAUUGUUGUGUAGUACUACAGUAUUUUGUGAAUUGGACAAUAAAAUACUAUUGAAUAAGCUGGCUAAUUCAGA